UAUCAAGUGAGCACUGGCAGUCAGGAUCUCCUCAGGUAAAUUAGUCCUCUUUGAGAUUUCCUGCAGUGGAAUAGUCCAACAGAAGAUUGGUCACCAAUGUUCAUCUGAAUUACUCACAAUUCUCUCGCUCAAUUAUUGAGUGAGUACUAACUUCUGACAAAUAUGGCGGCAUUGGAUAAACCUGACUGGUUAACAGAUGAUUUCCUCAAGUCUUGCCUGGAAUCAGAUGGUGAACAAAUAACCCAAAACAUAAUAGAGAUAAGCCACUCUAUUGAACACGCUGUGUCUCCAGGUAAUAAUUAUGGAAGUAUGAUGUUUCGAGUGAACAUAAUCUAUAAAAAACUGGGUAGCGAUUCUGAACACUCAUUGUCCUUAAUUGUAAAAGCACCGAUUGAGCAGAGUCAGUGUUCAGAAGAAGGCAAGAAACUUUCUAAUGAAGGAUGCAUGAUUGAACAGAGAUAUUAUAAUGAAUUUAUCAGCAACACUUUUGACUUGAUGAAACACAACAUUGUUCCAAAACACUACAAAUCACCACACCCUGGUUGUAUUGUACUGGAGGAUCUGAAAUCUUUGGGCUACGAGAUGGUUGACCGCCAUAAAAUGUUGGACUUUGACCACUGCCAGCUUUAUAUUAAGGCUUCAGCAAAACUGCAUGCUCUGUCAAUGGUCUUAUACGAAACACGACCUGAAAUGUUUGAAACAGUUUUGAACCGGAGCCAAGAUUUGUUGAAACUUUAUGAAAACAUUACAAGAUUUACGGUGUUGGGCAGUUUUCGCUGCAUGGCCACUUUCCUGGAAGGAAAGUCGGGUUGUGAAAAGUAUCUCAAUAUACUAAAAGAAGCAAUUGAUAACGAACUCUUUUUGGACAUUUUUGAGGAAAAUAACCAUUUAAACCACCCUUUGGUAGCUCUGACACAAAACGAUCCUUGGUGUGCCAACAUGAUGUUCAAGUAUGACAACAACGGAAACGUUAUCGAUAUAAAAAUAUUUGACUUUCAGCUUGUGGAACUCUCCUCUCCACUGAAGGAGUUUAUGACUUUUGUGUGGAUCUCUGCUGAUCAAAAUGUCAGAGAAACCCAGUUGAAUGAUCUUUACAAACUUUACUGUAAGUCAUUAAAGGCCAACUUAGCCGAACUAGGAUACCAGAAGAGCAUUGUUUUAAGAGAUUUGGAAUCAGAAAUAGUCACUUGGAGUCCUCUAAUCCUGUAUCGUAUUUGUAUGAAUGUGCCUGUAAGUCUGGCUGACGAAAAGGUACAAUUAAAAGACUAUUUCAAUGGAAAUAUUUUGGAAAUGGAGUCUGUCAAAGAAAGUCCAGUCUACAAGACUGUGUUCGAGGGAACCACAUUCAACAAGUUAUAUCUAAAGUUCUUCCAGCAAAUUGACAAACUUGGAGUUUUUGAAAAUAUAAAGAAAAUGUUGGAUCAGGCAAAAUCAAAAAGGAACCAUGUAUAAUUUGUGGUAUUCAAGUACUUUUAGACAGGGACAUAUCUAUUUUAGAGACACCGUAUUAUGUUAAUGAUAUUUUACUAUUUAAAGACAAGUUCCGUAUUUCAUGGAAAUUUUUAUCAAAUAUUUAUUACUUACUCAUCAUUUUAUCAAGUUUUUAACAAGUUUUGUGUGUGUGUGUAAUAUGGAUAAAUCUUUCACAUUUAAUUAAGUUUGUUAAUUAAUGUUGUUUUACAUCUAAGGUUUAUGGUUUGUUCUUAGGUUUAUGGUUUGUUCUGAGGUUUAUGGUUUGUUCUCAGGUUUAUGGUUUGUUUUAAGGUUUUAAGGCCUUCACAUAUUUUUGUUGUAGUUUGUGUUAUCAUUUAUAGGCUUAGCUUGGUAAUAUAGGAUAUAUAUAUAUAUAUGAAUGUUGCGUAAUUUUAUAUAAUUUAUUAAAUAUUUUAAACUUUUAUCUUAGAAUGUAAGGUAUCAGUGUAAUUCAAGUCCAGCAAUGUUGCAUGUUUGAUAAGGAUUGAACAUAGUUUUACAAUUUCUGUACACAUAAAUGUACUCAUAAGCUCCUAUCUUACAGAUAAAUGUAUUUGACUUAAAACUAAAGUAACAAUUAGUCAAUUGUUGAAAGUGUGAUUGUUCUUCAAUGUGACACUUUAUUAAAAUUAAACCCUUAAAAGAUAUUAUGAUUAAAUUAUAAGUAAUUUAUCAGUCUGAAGAUACUCAAUUGAAAUAUAUUAUCCCAUGUCUAGUAACAAUUAGGACUCAAUACUUAGUAGCUCAAUCAUGUAAAUCCCCAGCCUAGCGUUGUUGUUCACCUGGUGGUCUUAAAGUCCAGUAAUGGCUGUUCAAUCUUACACAACAGUUAGACAGCUAAUAAUGAUCUUACUUGACGAGUUUAUUACAUAGAGUAAGCACACAAAAAUUGCUGAAUGUAUAAAGACACCAUGUGUGCUAUUGAGGCACAUUAGAAUCCCUCACAUCCGACCCUGACAGAACUGGACCGUGGUCAGAACGGAAAAAAGUUGGAUAAUCCUAGGAAAAAAAUAUUUGACCAUAAACACACAUGCAGUAUGCUUAAUUUAUGAACAAACACUCCAAUAAAUGAGACAUUUUUAUUUUUGUGAGGCCUUUUGUGUUCAAUGAUCACAUCGUCAGAAUCAUUGUUAUUGUGCAAAGCCGAGGAAGAAGAAACCGCAAGUGACAACGUAGUGAGUUAUUCUGCUGCUAAAGACGCCUUUGGUUGCGGUGCUGAAAUACAUCGAGCAACAUCUAAACGCAACCCUGAUGGAUGUAUUAUGGGCAAAAAGUGGAGGGACGGGCAAAAAUCUAUUACUGAAUUCUUUAAAUAAGGUACUGUACAUACGUUAAGAUUUUAUUCAUGUUUUCAUUUAAUUUAAAACUGUAAAUGUUUGAUAUGUAUUCAGCAACAUACGAAUGCUGGUAUUUACAAGUACAAUAAAGUUGUUCGCUUAUUGUAGUACACUGCA